AUGGAUAUUUUCACCUGUUUAUUGUGUCUUGUUCUCAUCCUUUGUAUCUCAAUUCAAGCCUUCAAUUCACUUGCAAAUCCCAGAAGCAGAAAGCAACUUCCACCUGGUCCAAAACCUCUUCCCAUCAUAGGAAACUUCUUGGAGUUUGGUGACAAACCCCACAAGUCCUCAGCCAGGCUUUCCAAGUCUUAUGGUCCGCUUAUCAGUCUUAAACUCGGCCGAGUAACGACAAUUGUCGUUUCCUCACCGAUCAUGGCUAAGGAAGUCCUACAAGUACAUGGCCAGUUCUUCUCCAACCGACCAAUCUUAGACUCUGCCCGCGCCUCCAAUCACGUCCAUCUCAGCAUAAUUUCCUUACCCGUCUCAACUUUAUGGAGAGAGCUUCGAAAAAUAUGCAACGUCCACUUGCUUGCCGCUAGGGUUCUUAAUGCCAACAUGAAUCUGAGGCACAACAAGGUAGAAGAGCUCCUAUGUGACGUCCGUAAAAGCGCAGAGGCCGGUGAGGCUGUGGAGAUCGGGAAAGCUGCUUUCAGAGCCUCUCUAAAUCUCUUGUCCACCACUUUUUUCUCAAUGGAGUUAGCUGAUACGAAUUCUAACACGGUACGAGAAUUCAAGGAGACCGUACGUGGUUUUAUUGACGAGUUGGGAAAGCCGAACUUGGCCGACUUUUUCCCUUUUCUUAGGAAGAUUGACCCCCAAGGCAUCAGGAGGCGCACCGAUUUUCACUUCCGAAAAAUGCUGGACUUGUUCGAUUGCAUCAUCAACGAAAGGUUGCAACUCAGGGAAGUAAGUGGUUCUGUGAAAGAUAAUGAUAUAUUGGACACUCUUAUCGACAUGAUGGUGAUCGGUGAAGAGAAGAGUGCACAUGAUCAGAUAGACAAAACCAUAAUUGAACAUUUGUUACUGGAUAUAUUUGCGGCCGGCACUGAAACAACUUCAUCCACAUUGGAGUGGUCAAUGGCUGAGCUACUAAAAGCCCCAGAGAUCUUGUCAAGAGCCCAAGCAGAGCUAAAGCAAGUUAUUGGCAAAGGAAACCAAGUGAAAGAAUCAGACAUAACUAGGCUUCCUUACUUGCAAGCCGUUGUCAAAGAAACCCUCCGCUUGCACCCUGCAGCCCCAUUAAUGGUUCCUCGCAAAGCUGAAAAUGACGUUGAAGUCUGCGGGUAUACCAUCCCGAAGGAUUCUCAACUGCUGGUCAAUGUAUGGGCCAUGGGGAGAGACCCCAACAUCUGGGAAAAUCCCCACAAGUUUAUGCCGGAGAGAUUCUUGAAAUUGAACAUAGAUGUUUUAGGCCACGAUUUUGAGCUCAUUCCCUUUGGUGCCGGGCGGAGAAUAUGUCCCGGGUUGCCAUUGGCAACGCGAAUGUUGCACUUGAUGUUGGGUUCUUUGUGUUCAACCUUUCUAUGGAAUUCGGAAAACGGAAUUUUUCACCGGCCGGAGACAAUGAACAUGGCGCACAAGUUUGGCCUCACCUUACAAAUGUCUCUCAAGGCAUUGAAAUUGUUCCCUCGUGUUAAAUUAAUAAGCAUCAAAUCUGAAUAG